UUAUACUUAUGUAUUCUAAUGCCGGGUUGCAUGAAACCGAACUUUAAAUUUAUUUAAUGAACAGUUUUAACGAGCCGUUUAAUAUUUUUACAGAAGCGUUUGGGUUGCACAAAUCGUACAAUAAAAAUAUAUUGGUAUUAAACAUUGAUACCGAGGUUAGUGUAGAAAUUUAAGUUUAUCACAGAAAAAGUGAUAAAAUCCUAUGAUCUAGAUACUGUAUCAACAGCUGUUUGAACUUUUAUUUUGAAUAAUAUGUAUAAUAACAAUAAUUGCUAAAUUCUACAAAUUGUGAAUUUGUAGUCUACUAGUCUGUACUUAAUCUUUCUUCGGCGUUUUCGGUUCUGUUGUUUGGUACACAUUUUAUUACUAGUGUUUUUUUAGAAAUUGUAGGUAAUUACCUAAAUAUUAUAGGAAAUGUCUGAACAUAAUAUGAAUGAGAGUCAGUUAAAACAGAAACGUAUGAGAGGAAAAAACUUUACUGAAAGGGAAAAAGAGCUAUUAAUUGACUUGAUAUUGCCUUUUAAGCCAAUUAUUGAAAAUAUUAAAACUGAUGCAAUUUGGAAUAACAAAAAGGCUGAGGUAUGGUCUGAAAUAACUAGCCUCUACAAUUUACAACAAACAUCAGGCAUUCGCAUUGACACACAAUUAAAAAACUUAUAUGAUACUCUUAAAAGAGAUGCUCGAAAAGAGAAAAGUAAUGAUAAGGUUCAAAUGUACAAAACAGGCGGUGGAUCAAAUACUAACCUUUUAUCAAAAACCACUGAAAAAAUUAUUGGCUUACUAGGAGACCAAAUGGAUCCAUUAAUUAAUUCAGUUGACUCUGAUACUAAUUACAAUGACGGAGGAUUUGAAGUUGUCAAUUUAUUUUCUGAGGACAUAACCGACUUUGAAGAUUCAAGUAUGUAUUUAUUAAUUAUUAGUUAAUCAGAUAUAACUUAUAAGUUAUAACUAAUUA